UGUGGUUAUAAUUUUUACAUCUGAAAUUUCCAAGCAUGUCACAAUUAACUCAAAGGAAGAAGACUGAUGACAAAUUUGAUAUGAAGGCGCAACACAAGAUAACAGAUACAAAAACAAGAUCUGAAGAUAAAGCAUGUGAGGAUUCUGAAAAAUAUGUUAUUCUGAUUUUGAUCUGUCUUCGUAUCAUCAAUACAUUUUUAGUAAGAACUUCAUUUGUACCUGAUGAAUAUUGGCAGUCAUUAGAAGUUGCCCACAAGUCUGUUUUUGGGUAUGGAUAUCUAACAUGGGAAUGGAAAUAUGGACUACGAAGUUAUAUUUAUCCUGCUAUUUUUUCUGGGAUAUAUCAGAUUUUAAAUUCUCUUGGCAUUGAUAAUCCUGUGACACUCAUAUAUGGUCCUAGGUUGUUUCAAGCUUUCUUGAGCGCAAUUGGUGAUGUAUAUCUUUAUAAAUUUGUGAAGCUUUAUUUUGGUUAUGAAAUUGCGAAUUACGGAAUUCUAUGCAACUGUAUAAACUGGUUUUGGUGGUAUUGCUCCACAAGGACAAUAAUAAAUACAUUUGAAACUAAUCUGUUAUGUAUUGGAUUGUAUUAUUAUCCUUGGAAUACUGCCCACAGGUCUCUUAGCAAAGUAGCAAUUUAUCAAUUAAUCGCUAUAUUAAUUACUGUAAUUAGACCAACAGCUGCUGUAAUUUGGGUACCAUUAGCUUUAUGGCAUAUAUUUAAAAGCCGCAAUGCAAUGGUAUUUCUGUCAUAUGUAGUCCUAUCUUUCUUUGUCUUGAUAACGUCCACUUUAAUUGAUUUAUUUUAUUAUGGUAAGUUCGUAUUUGUGCCAUGGAACUUUUUUAAAUUCAAUGUUAUGGAGGAUAUGGGUGUGCAUUAUGGCACUCAUCCCUGGCAUUGGUAUAUCACUCAAGGUAUACCUGCUAUCCUUACCACUCAAAUGAUAUUUUUCAUCUUUGGUGCUGCUUUUGUAAUGAAACAUACAUUUCCUGCUAAAUUAUCUACAGAAAAUUUAAAAAUAUGCAAAUGUUUGUUAUCUCUAUUCUUAUUCACUGUUUUAGUUUAUAGUUUUCUUGGACACAAGGAAUUUAGAUUUGUUCUUCAUCUUGUUCCAAUAGCGUCUCUUUUCUCUGGUAUUAGUUUGUCAACAUUUUCAAAAAAAAUGAGAAACACAUCGUUAAUAUUUCUAUUGAUUACAAAUGUACCUGUGGCCUUGUAUACCGGACUCAUUCAUCAAAGAGGUCCAUUGGAAAUAACUGAUAAAUUGAAAGAUUUGCUUGCUGAAAAUUGCAUUUCUAAUUGUCCUGGAAGCGUCUUAUACCUGAUGCCAUGUCAUACUACACCACUAUAUUCCCAUCUUCAUUUGAAUGUGACCACAAGAUUCCUAACUUGCCCUCCAAAUCUUUCUGGUAUAAGGAAUUAUAGUGACGAAGCAGAUCAGUUUCAUAGUAAUCCUAUUGAGUGGCUUGAUAAUAAUAUUUUUAGUCAAAAAAUCCUCGCUGAUCGACCUUACUGGAUUCUGUUAUUUGAUUCACUGUAUGAUAAGUUGGAAGCUUACGACCCAUUGGAUAAUUACAAUAUUUGUGCCACUGCUUUUCAUACUCAUGUUCCAGAAGGAAGAACUGGAAGAUUUCUUUACAUCUUAUGCAAGAAAACGUCUCGAUAAUAUAUUCAGUUGCAAAAUUAUUCUCAUGUGUGUUUUAUCAACAUUUUGUAUUUUUGUAG